AUGGCACCCGAGUGUUUAUAUGGAUUUCCUGUAACAGUUCAAGCUGAUGUUUACAAUUUUGGGGUGGUCAUGCUUGAAAUUGUUAGUGGGGAAGAGCGUAUGUCUAUGUCAAACCACAAAAUGCAACUUUUAGUACAUAAGGCUAUAUCUUUUCACGAAAAGAAAAUGACUUUGGAGUUGAUUGAUAAAAAAUUAAAAAUUCCAAGUGAUGAUCAAGAUCAGGCUAAGUUUAUUUUGGAUUUAGCCAUAAAAUGCAUCAAUCAGACCCCGAUUAUGAGGCCUACGAUGUCUUUUAUCGUCAGUGAACUUGAAAGAACCAUUUCAAAGGAGAAAGGAUUCAUGCAUGAAAGUGGCUUUGAAAUAGAUACCUGA